CACUUCUAUUGGUUGAAGGCUCCUAUUUGGCGCCUAAGCGAGGAGCUGGUUGCUGGAGCUGGGGGACUCUGAACGCUGGAGGUGCGGGGCCGAAAGCCCAGCGACCGUUUGGCGUGACUUGGCAGUUGACGGGAUCACGGGACCGAGGCGCGUCCGUCAUGUUCUGCGAAAAAGCUAUGGAGCUUGUCCGCGAGUUACACCGCGCGCCGGAAGGGCAGCUGCCAGCCUUCAACGUGAGAUGCUGUGGCCAAGGAGGGGCGUGUGGAGGGCCAGGCCUCUGGCCUUGGGGCGGGGCCUCUGGCCUUGGAGCGGGGCCUGUGUGGACCCGCCCCAGGCAAGAGGACGGACUCAGACAAGUUCUGGAGGAAAUGAAAGCUUUGUAUGAACAAAACCAGUCUGAUGUGAAUGAAGCCAAGUCAGCUGGAAGAGGUGAUCUGAUACCAACCAUCAAAUUUCGUCAUUGUUCUUUGUUAAGAAAUCGACGCUGCACUAUAGCAUACUUGUAUGACCGGUUGCUUCGGAUUAGAGCGCUGAGGUGGGAGUAUGGCAGUGUCUUGCCAAAUGCUUUACGAUUCCACAUGUCUGCUGAAGAAAUGGAGUGGUUCAACCAUUAUAAAAAGUCUCUGGCUACUUACAUGAGGUCACUGGGAGGAGAUGAAGGCUUAGACAUCACACAGGAUGUGAAACCCCCCAAAAGCCUAUACAUUGAAGUGCGGUGUUUAAAAGACUAUGGAGAAUUUGAAGUUGAAGAUGGUACUUCAAUCCUGCUUAAAAAAAAUAGUCAGCACUUUUUGCCUCGGUGGAAGUGUGAGCAGUUAAUCAGACAAGGAGUUCUAGAGCAUGUGCUGUCCUAACUGUGUCCUGUGGUGAUAACAGCAAGGUUCUGCCACCUGUGAAGCUAAGUCCAGUUGAUAUAAAUGUCCUCACUGGACCUCCAGAGUGCUUCUUUGAUUUUAAGUUUAUACACAUACUUUAAGAUAGCCAAGAGAGCUUGGGGUGUAGCCCGGUGGUACAGCACUUGCUUAGCAUUUGAGAAACCCACCCUUAUCACCCCAAAAGACAAGACAACAAAAAUCAAAGAGCAAAUUAUACCUGGAAUACUGGCUAGGCACAUAACCUGCCAGCUGGUAAGCCUUUGUUAUAAGCUGUAUCUCUAGGCAUUCCAUUCCCACAGUAAAUGUACUUUUAUAAAUGAAAAUAAAGUCUUCAGUUUGAA